GCGGAGUCGCUUGGGUCCCGCCCUCGGGGGCGGGGACGGAGUCUCAGCUGCCUGGCGCUCCCGCUUGGCUGGUUCCGGGUUGAGAGGCUGCGCUGGGACCAGAGCAGUGACUGCUGAGCCGGCGGGGGCCCCCUGCAUCUCAGGCCCCCAUCUCUGUCGCCCCCUGAGCCAUGGCCUGCAGCCUCAAGGACGAGCUGCUCUGCUCUAUCUGUCUGAGCAUCUACCAGGACCCUGUGAGCCUGGGCUGCGAGCACUACUUCUGCCGCCGCUGCAUCACGGAGCAUUGGGUGCGGCAGGAGGCGCAGGGCGCCCGCGACUGCCCCGAGUGCCGGCGGACGUUCGCCGAGCCGGCGUUCGCCCCCAGCCUCAAGCUGGCCAACAUCGUGGAGCGCUACAGCGCCUUCCCGCUGGACGCCAUCCUCAAUGCGCGCCGAGCGGCACGACCCUGCCAGGCGCACGACAAGGUCAAGCUCUUCUGCCUCACUGAUCGUGCACUGCUCUGCUUCUUCUGCGACGAGCCCGCGCUGCACGAGCAGCACCAAGUCACCGGCAUCGACGACGCCUUCGAGGAGUUGCAGAGGGAGCUGAAGGAGCAGCUUCAGGCCCUUCAGGACAGCGAGCGGGAGCACACAGAGGCGCUGCAGCUCCUCAAGCGACAGCUGGCGGAGACCAAGUCUUCCACCAAAAGCCUGCGCACCACCAUCAGCGAGGCCUUCGAGCGGCUGCACCGGCUGCUGCGGGAGCGGCAGAAGGCCAUGCUGGAGGAGCUGGAGGCCGACACGGCACGCACACUGACCGACAUUGAGCAGAAAGUCCAGCGCUACAGCCAGCAGCUGCGCAAGGUGCAGGAAGGGGCUCAGAUCCUGCAGGAGCGGCUGGCCGAGACGGACCGACACACCUUCCUGGCCGGGGUAGCCUCACUGUCAGAGAGGCUCAAAGGCAAAAUCCACGAGACCAACCUGACAUACGAAGACUUUCCAACCUCCAAGUACACAGGCCCCCUGCAGUACACCAUCUGGAAGUCCCUGUUUCAGGACAUCCACCCAGUGCCAGCUGCCCUGACCCUGGACCCAGGCACCGCCCACCAGCGCCUGAUUCUGUCAGAUGACUGCACCAUCGUGGCCUAUGGCAACCUGCACCCACAGCCUCUGCAGGACUCGCCAAAGCGCUUCGACGUGGAGGUGUCGGUGCUGGGCUCUGAGGCCUUCAGUGGCGGCGUCCACUACUGGGAGGUGGUGGUGGCGGAGAAGACCCAGUGGGUGAUCGGGCUGGCACACGAGGCCGCAAGCCGCAAGGGCAGCAUCCAGAUCCAGCCGAGCCGCGGUUUCUACUGCAUCGUCAUGCACGACGGCAACCAGUACAGCGCCUGCACGGAGCCCUGGACGCGGCUCAACGUCCGAGAUAAGCUUGACAAGGUGGGCGUCUUCCUGGACUACGACCAAGGCCUGCUCAUCUUCUACAACGCCGACGACAUGUCCUGGCUCUACACCUUCCGUGAGAAGUUCCCUGGCAAGCUCUGCUCCUACUUCAGCCCUGGGCAGAGCCACGCCAAUGGCAAGAAUGUGCAGCCCUUGAGGAUCAACACCGUCCGUAUCUAACGCAACGGAAGGAACCCGCAAGCACCAGGGCCAAGGCCGCCAGCAAGAGCCCUGCCCAGGGGACAGAGGCCUGACUCCUACCCAGCUCGGCGAGCCUGAGACCCCAGGCCCGUCGUUUACCCUUCAGCCUCCCUCGUCUGUAAAAUGGAAGUUGUGCUCCGAGAUUCCUAAGCCCUCUCCCAGCAUUGAUGUUCUGUAGCUCUGACCUUGGUGGGGAUGUACCUUUGGUCCAAGAAUGCGACAUGGCUUCUCCUCAGGGCGGCCCCUGCCCAACCCUCAUCCCCAUCCUCCAAGGGGCAGGGGACUGUCUCCCUAUGUCUCCCUCCUGCCCACAUGCCCUAACCUCAGGAUAUGUCAGAGUGUUGUUGCCAGCAGUUGGCAGCUCGGAAGAUACUCAGAAUCCUCUUAAGCUCCCAGGCCUAAGACUGCCACUGCCCAAGCUAGUGAUGGGCCAGUUUAACCUUGACCCCAGCCCACAGUGAGCACGGGCAGUAUCUGGACCUAGGGUGGCCUGAGAAGUGCCCUCUCCUUCCACCUCCGGACCAAGAACUUUAUUGUUCCUGCUUCCCCCCCUUCUCUGCAGGUAGAGAUGGUGCUGUGACCUGUGGAAGGCACCCAGUAAUCGAGCCCAUGUUACAGUUACCGUACCACCACCGUCCUGCGCACGCGCCUAACGGUGGGACAGUGGCACACCUCAAGGCUAAUUAGAGCCCGGUAGCCUAACGGCAGCUACAGGACAAGCAUCAUCAGGUGAUGAGGCUUGGAUACGGGUCCAGCCAGACCUCUGUGACCAGGCGUGGGUGUGGCAGGGGGCUGCAGUGAGCGGCUGUUUUCAUCAGAACCUGAGAACUGGAAAGGGCUGUUGGGUGGGAACUCUCAGCAGGCUUCUAUCUCCGUGAAGAUCCCAUUGUAGAAAACAAGAGCUGCUUUAGCUGGUUUAAUUAGACAGGAUUUAUUACUGGGUCCCUGACGGCUUUGCAAAAUCAUUGCAAGGGCUGGAGGAGCAGACUCUUCGCUGAAUUUCCAGGAAUGGCUCCCAGCUGCCAGAUCCAUCAUGUCCCCUGACCAGGAACACUGCUUCCGUGUGCAGGAAGCCACGGCUGCAGGAAGCUGCUGACUGCAGAAGUGUGCUCCCUCUGCUACUCGUCAUGCCAGCAAAUGGAUGUCCUGAGGCCUGCCGCGCUCUCACUCAAUUCGGUUCCCAAAUGCAGGUCUCUAAUGAAGGAUUCUGUUUGGGGGAUUGUAAAUCAGAUCCUGCACCUUGGUUGCAAGAGAGUCUGGGAAAUGUAGUUUUCUUUUUUCCAGCCUCAGCCAUUUAACACA